AUCUACAAGUGUGUGAUCGACGCGGAGGAUGCAAACAUGGAUGCCGACAAGGUCUUUACGUGGGCUAACGAGGGGAACGUGUCGUCUCUGGGUAGCCUGAUCCGGAAGUACCCAGAAUGUGUGGUGGCGAGGGAUGAGUCCGGUGCCACCCCCCUCCACCACGCCACCGCCGGCCGAAGCAUGGAGGCCAUUAGACUGCUGGUCACCGCCACCGGACCGCAGGGUCUGAAUGUGUGUGAUGAUCAGGGCAGUACCCCUCUGCACUGGGCGGUGGAGAGGGCUGCGGAGGACAGCGCGGGGCUCCUGAUGGACCUGGGAGCCGACCCCAACCUGCUCAACGCCGCCCUCAUGGCACCACUACACCUGGCCAUCAGCAAGGGACACAACGACAUGGUGGAGCUGCUGCUGUCCUUCAGUAAUACCGAUGCCAACCUGCAGGGGGAUCUGGGCAACACCCCCGUCAUGCUCGCCUGCUCCAACAACAACUGCCAGGCCCUGCACACACUGUUUAAGUAUGGGGGCAAGAUGUGUGUUCAGAAUAAGCUGGGCCACUAUGCCAUCCAUGCGGUGGCCUUUGCUGGGGCCAAGGAAGCCAUGGAGAUCAUCCUGAAAAAAGGUGAGGAGGCUGGCCACAGCAUUGACACCCAUGUCAACUUCCUGGAUAAGUCCCACUGCAGCCCCCUGCACCUGGCUGUCAGGGGCGGGAACAUAGACACCAUCCGCCUCUGCAUCGACAAGGGAGCCAGAGUACAACAGCAACAGGCGGAUAAGUCCACUGCUCUCCACCUGGCGUGCACGCAGGGCAACUGUGAGGCGGUGAGGCUGAUGCUGGAGGCCACCUUCACUGGAGACGACAUCAUCAACAUGAGGGACGGGGCCUGCCAAACACCCUUACACAAGGCGACCAUAUUUGACCAUGUGGAGCUGGCUGAGUAUCUGAUCUCCAAGGGGGCGGAUAUCGAUGCUAUUGACUGUAAGGGUCUGUCUCCGUUGCUGCUGGCAACCAGCUGUGGGGCCUGGAGAGCUGUGGCCUUCCUGCUCUCCAAAGGAGCCAAUGUCAAGAUCAAGGACAAAGAGGGCCGCAACUUCCUCCAUCUUGCCACAUUCCAGCCCAAAGGCCUUAGGAACAUCCCAGAGGACGUCCUUAAGACUCUGGUGGUAAGAGAGCUGAUGUGUGAUCCAGACAGUGAGGGCUGCACUCCACUCCACUACGCCUGCAGACUUGGCAUCCAUGACUCCGUCAAGAACAUCCUGGGCCUCCAGAUCUGCCCCAAACGCAAGGCCAAGAACAAGAAGUCCGCCUUCCACUUCGCCGCCGAGUUUGGGCGAGUGAAUACGUGCCAUCGGCUGCUGGAGGGCUGCAAUGACUCCCAGAUGUUGAACGAAGGGGACGAGCGAGGCCUGACCCCGCUGCACCUGGCCUCGCGAGGGGGCCACACCAAAGUGGUGGACCUGCUGUUACGCAAAGGGGCACUGUUUCAGAAUGAUUAUAAAGGCAUGACGUGUCUCCACCACGCGGCUGCCGAGGGAUAUACCCAGACCAUGAACAUCCUGCUGGGGGCCAACAUCAAGCUGCUGGACAAGGAGGACGAUGACGGGAAUACAGCACUGCACCUGGCGGCACGAGAGGGCCACGUGGCCGCGGUGAAGCUGCUGAUGGAUAAAGGUGCUGCGUUCGUCGUUAACAAGAGCGACUGCUCCUUCUUCCAUGAGGCUGUGCACAACAGCAGGAGGGAGGUGGCCGAUGCCAUCAUCGAAAGUGGAAGAUUAUACGAAGCUAUUGUAUGUUUUACACAUGGUUCGAGUGUCCGGAAUGUCGCCAUCGACUUGAUUGAGCAUCUUCCGGAGUCUUACAAGCACCUGCUGGACCACUGUAUUAUAGAGUCAGAGCACGAUGCCAACAGCCCGGACUACAAUAUCCAGUACAACUUCCAGUAUCUCCAAGCUCCCAUUAAACUGAAGAAAAACGCAGACAUUAAAAAGAACAUCGACUUGAAGCCGCUAGUCUGCAUGAAUGCCAUGGUCCAGUACAACCGCAUUGAGCUGCUCACCCACCCCGUCAGCAACAAAUACCUGGAGAUGAAAUGGCUGGCGUAUGGCAGUAAAAUCCACCUGCUGAAGGUGUUUAUCAACCUGCUGGGUCUGCUCCCCCUCACCUUCCUCAUCAUCCACCUGAGGCCCACACUGGAGGUCGCACACAACGGGACGGCCGUCACCGUGAGCCCAAUACCGCUUCAAAAGGGUGGGUACAUGGCCCAGAUUGCCUUCUUCAUGGUGCUGGCCUCCAACAUCAUCUCCAUCCUGAGACAGAUAGGAAUGAUGACACACCAGAAAAUGAAGUACUUUAAGGACCCGUCCAACCCGGCGGAGGGGGUCACAGCCAUCUCCACCCUGGUCUUCAUCAUCCCCCUGCUGUGUGGCGUGACCCAGACCUGGGUAUGGGAGGCUGGGGCAGUGGCCAUCCUGAUGUCCUGGAUCAACUUCCUGCUCUACCUGCAGAGGUUUGAGCACUUUGGCAUCUACGUGGUGAUGUUUGGUGAGAUCAUCAAGACGCUCUUCAGCGUCAUCGUGCUGGUCGUCUUCCUGGUGCUGGCCUUCGGACUCUCCUUCUACGCCCUCAUGCUGCACCAGCCUGAGUUUCAGUGGCUGGGCUUCUCUCUGGCCCAGACGUUCGUGAUGAUGGUGGGAGAGCUUAACUAUCAGAGUAACUUCUUCGGGGCGUUCGAGAAAAAGAAGCUGGCCUUUCCAGAGAUGACCUACGCUAUCUUCGUCUUCUUCAUCUUGCUCAUGCCCAUCCUCCUCAUGAACCUCAUGAUUGGUCUGGCCGUGGGAGACAUCGCAGAGGUACAGAGGAACGCCUGUCUCAAGAGGAUCGCAAUGCAGGUUGAUCUCCACACUAACCUGGAAGAGAAGCUCCCCUACUGGCUCCUCAGACGUGUGGAUAAAGAAAGUCUUACUGUCUAUCCAAACAAGCUGUGUAAAAAGAAGAGUGGUUUGAUGUUCUGGCAUUCUGCAAAGGCGUCGUCCAGGAGCCGCCUCAACACUGGCAGCUCGGAACUCUCACCGCUGGAGACCGAACUGAGAAAGCAGAAACACAGGUUAAGAGAGAUGUCCAGUAUAUUGGAGAAGCAGCACAGCAUGGUCAAGCUGAUCCUUCAGAAGAUGGAGAUCGCCUCCGAGGCGGACGAGUACGACGGGCCGGAGAACGCCUUCUGCAGACGCACACAGGCCAAUCAGAGGUCUAAAUGGAUCCCCCUCGUCAGAGCUCUGAAAGGGCCACCGCCUCCAUAGGCUGAUAAGAAAAACAACAACAACAACAACAACCACAACCAC